GUUAGGUUUUGCUGUUUGAUGCAAACUGGGUUUCUUUGAUAAUUGGUUCUGUGUUCGUUCUCCAAUAAUUUGUUAAAAGGAUGGAUAGGUUGAAGUUAGCUGCACAGGGUGAGCGAUUAAAGACCGGUGGUGCUCAAAUGGGUAGGAUGGUUAGUGGGAAAAUGAAGGAAAUCUUACAAGCCCAGACACCUGAAUCGAAGAUGGUAGAUGAAGCGACAUCUGAUAGCUUAGAAGGACCGAAUUGGGGUUUGAAUUUACGGAUAUGUGCCAUGCUCAAUAGCGAAGAGUUUAGCGGUCAAGAAGUUGUGAGGGCUAUUAAAAAGAAGAUUGUUAGCAAGAACAUUAUAAGCCAGAGGUUGAGUCUUGAUCUAUUGGAAGCUUGUGCCAUGAAUUGUGAGAAGAUUUUUUCAGAAUUAGCAUCGGAGAAGGUGUUGGAUGAGAUGGUUAGGAUGAUCGAUGAUCCCCAAACCCAUCACAGUGAUAGACAACGAGCGUUGGAGUUGAUCCAGGCAUGGGGCGAAUCGGAAGACCUUUCGUAUCUUCCUGUGUUUCGCCAGGCUUAUAUGAGCUUGAAGAGCAGAAUCACCCCACGAUCAGUACAAGAUGAUGGGAAUUCGAUGCUUUAUGAUUCUUUGGACCCAGAUGUUCAGGAACAACCUUUAUCUCCUCCUGAAAGAUAUCCCAUGCCUAACUUAGAUCCGCGCGGUCUAGAUCAUACUGAUAAUAGCUAUCAUGAUAACAGUUUUUCGGUGGAAGGAAAGAAAGAGUUUUUUCUUUUCACUCGAAAUAGCAUUGAUAGUCUGUCUAGCAUUUUGAACUCUCAGGCAGAACCGAAGCCCCUCAAGGAUGAUCUCACUCUGAACAUGGUAGAAAAAUGCAAGGAGUCACAGCCUAUCUUACAGAGGAUCAUAGAAAGCACUAGCGACGAUGAUGAAAUGCUUUUUGAGUCUCUCAAUCUUAAUGAUGAGCUUCAACAGGUUAUUUCCAAGUAUGACGAGAUGAUAGUGCCACCAGCAAUCGAAGGGCCGGAAUCCAGAAGUCCUGGCACAACCAGCGUUGGUUCAGCCACUCUAGAUGAAAAUGUAAACAGGGCAGAAAACCCACAGCCCCUAAAAGAUGAAGUGAGCAGCGAAACCAGUAAUGAGAAGGAAAUUUUUCCUGAAGGGAAAUCUACACUAGAGUGAGAGUUAAGAGGGGAAACCAAGAUUUUGUUGUUUUUGUCUAUGUAUAGGACGAAGGGUUGGUGAUAAUUUCUGAUGAAAGAUGUGGUUAGAGAUCAGCCAUUUAACUAUUUUGCUUGCUGAUACACAAAUAUCUAGUAUGAUCUACAUAUUUCAUGUCUGA